AUUUGUGCCCAGUGGAUUUGGGUGAUGUUUUUAGCAGUAGAGCAGAACUUCUAGUAGUGGAUGCGGAGAUGUGCAAGGUCACAUGGAAAAGACCUAGGGGAAAAUCCACUUUCAAAGACUGGAGACAUAAUUAGUUCUUUUUUGGCCACCUAUGGCUGUACAUUUAUACUGUAAGGAGUAUAAUAAACAAAACAUUUCGGUUUUGAUUUUACAGGGAAAGUGGUCCUGAAAUAAAUAGAAUGGUAAGGGGUGGAAAGAGGGACAAGGUCCAGAGUUGCUGCUGGGUGGUGUCUGUGCGCCCCCUGCUGGGGGAGCUGACACGCUCAUCUCAGAAGGACAGGGACCCUGGGCGCCUGGCCCAAGGUUUCCCAGCACAGUAGGGACUCGCUGUAUGUGUGGGGAGGACAGCAGGUGGUACCAGAGACAGACACUGGUCCAUGGACCGUUGAGGUGUGGGAAUAGAUCUUUUCAGGGCAUGAGAGAGAUAGACAACUGGAUAAAGGCCCAGGUGUUGUUCUUGUGUAGGCCACUGUUCCCACGUCCAGGAACCUGACCUUGUGGGUGAGGACAUGCCGUCCCUCCAGCCAAGUUAAUAACUUCCUCCCCCAGCCAAGGAAUAUAGCUCUGCGUCUACAGCAGCUCCUGCUCAAACUAUCAAAAUCACCCUGCAAGGAACAUGGUCACAGGAAGGUGGGAUUUCAGGAUACCCCUCAGGGACUGCCCUUCUCAGAAUUCCAUCAUGAAGUUCCAUGUACUUGUAGGUGUGCUGGUCAUGGUGGGCUUCGCAGUGGGAAAGGCUCCUGUUUCUGAAGUCCGGACCUGUCACCUCUGCCUUUUAGAAGACCCUUCUACAGGGUGCAUUUCAGGCUCAGAGAAGUGCACCAUCAGUAGCUCGUCGCCAUGCAUGGUGAUAACCAUCUAUUAUGAUACCAAGAUACGUUUCUUCAUCCGAGGCUGUGGACAGUACAAUUCUUACCGCUGCCAGGAAAAACGCAAUACCUACUUCUCGGAGUACUGGUACCAGGCCCAGUGCUGCCAGUACGAUUACUGCAACUCCUGGUCCAGCCCCCAGCUCCAGAGCUCCCUGCCUGAUCCCCCUGCUGGGGCCUCGGCCCUUCCCCUGUCGGAGUCCCAAAUCCAGUGGUUCUACAAGGCUCUGAACCUCUCACUGCCCCUACCCACCUUCCGUGCUGGGAAGGAGCCGGAAGGCCUCGACCCCCUAGCCACCCUGCCCCUGAACCUGAGCUUGUCCAUCGCUGACCUGCGCCACAUAUACUUAUCUCUCAACAGCUCAGGACUUUUGGUUCUUCCCUGGGCUGGGCCCUGAUGCCUUACCCUUCUUGGAUUUUACUCUUCCAGCAUCUCUCUCCUAACACCCCAGCACCUAGUGCUGCCCUCCUAGAACACCCACAUUCUCUGGUCUGUGAUUUUUCAGGCCUCCCUUCCUCUGUGCUUCCAGCAUCUGUAUGGCUUUGGUCUCAUUUCCUUCCCAGAAACCGCUGUGGCCCUGCACCAGUACUCUUCUUUCUCCUAGAAAAUACCAAGUUCACUUUCUGCCCAGGUUGACCUAGGGAAGGCACAGUGGUUUCCUCGUGCCUUUCCCAUCUUCUGAGUCCAUCAGCCCCCUCAUCUUUCCAAUCCCCUGUCAGUCCGGCCACCUGCUAUCUCCAUUCAGGUCUGGUUGUAGAUUGCAGCCCAUGCCUAUCUUAAGACCCAGACUGAAGUUGUAGCAAGAAGAAUGAAGCGUAGACAUCUGUGCAGAUUUCCUGACUAGACACUCUGGUGUGCCUACUUCACUGCCUCCACCUCUACUCCUGCCCUGGUUUCCUGCUUCUCUCCUUUUGCCACCGUCUCUGGCCUCCUCAGCCCCACUUCACAUCACUGAGUCCUGACACCCACUUCCAUAGGUUCCAGGGGAGAGGAGAGGCGAGGGUCUGCCCUGCUCUGCACUAUAUCUCCCGCUUACUCUCCAGAACCUCCACAAUAAAUGGACUGGGCUAAGUCUGUGUCACACUGUUGAUGGGGUCAGGCUCAGAUAUGGACAAGUGUAGACCUGUUAAAGUUAAUUGGGCAUGGGGAGCAAACAGUUUACAGCCUGGCCCACUCCACUUGGCCUUUGUGGCUUUCUCAUGGCCUGCCCCCAAAGGGCUUGUAUCCAUCCACCUUCUGAUUAGCUAGGACUUCUCCCAGCCUUUAACUUACUCCACAGGGGCACCUGUCUGGCUCAGUCAGUAGAGCAUGUGACUCAAUCUUGGGGUUAUAAGUUUGGACUCCACAUUGGGUGUAGAGAUUACUUAAAAUCUUUAACAAAACAAAACCAAAAAACUUUGCCCUACAAAACCUAGAGAAUUAAACCCUGGUUACAUUGGCUUUUCCAUCUAACAGAGGAGGAAAAACUCUCCUUUAAACCAGAAAAACUCAGGAGCAAACCAAAGAAUCCAGGCCUGUAUCUGAGAGUCCCCUGGUGCUGAGGAACCUGGGUUCUUGCCUGUUCUUUUAGGAUCCUGGCACCCAGGACCACCUCUUUAGGGAGCUAGGUUUGGGGGUUGGGGAUGUUCAGAAAUUAUACAGGUGAGGCUGCAGUUUAGGUCUUUGAUUUUAAUGUUUUAUUUUUGGAAAACUACAAGCCUACAGAAAACAGUGCGUAUUCAUAACUUUUUUCAUACAUGCAGUUAAACACACUGUUCUGGGUGUGGUGUUAUUGAGUACAGCCGGGUGCCCACCCUUCUGAAUCUCACAACCCAGUGCUGGGGUUGUGAAACCUUUUUCUAAAAAGCAGUGUGCACUUUGUGGUUGGGGGGCCCAAUUCCAGCUCCUCUGCCACUUGGGUAAGUUGGUUUCUGUCUCACCUUGGUCACCUGUCAAGGAGGGAUAGUACCUCCUAGGAUUGAGAGAAUGCAUGUGUG